AAGCACCGACCAAGCAGUAUUACCUCCGUGUCUUCCGCCGUUGUUCCGUCAGCGUCAGCACAAACCGCGGCCAUCGACUGCUGCUUGCCGGCCGGUAGCAAAACAGCAGCAGCAGUAGCAGCACGUGAACCGUUCAGGCGCACCAAAGGAGGGCGGAACGGAGUCGAGCGGUCGAGGCGGCGGCAAUCGCCAUUCAUGCACUGCCCACCGUGGCCCUGAGAAUGCCAAUGUUGUCUCAAUUUCAAAUGAACUUUCGCGCGUUUCUCGUUCUGGCGUCGAAGGUAUGGACCUGCAUCUGCUACAUGUUCAACCGGCAGGUUCGAGCGUUUGUACAGCAUCAACCGGUGAAAUAUGAACUGUUUCCCCUGUCGCCGGUGUCCCGGCACCGGCUGAGCAUGGUCCAGCGUAAAACGCUCGUGCUGGACCUGGACGAGACGCUCAUACACUCCCACCACGACGCAAUGCCACGCAACACGGUCAAGCCGGGAACGCCGCACGACUUCACGGUCAAGGUGACGAUCGAUCGGCACCCGGUCCGCUUCUUCGUUCACAAGCGGCCGCACGUCGACUACUUCCUGGAUAUUGUGUCCCAGUGGUACGAUCUGGUGGUGUUUACGGCUAGUAUGGAAAUCUACGGUGCAGCCGUAGCCGAUAAGCUGGACAACGGGCGCAACAUUCUGAGACGGCGCUAUUAUCGACAGCAUUGUACGCCAGAUUUCGGAUCCUACACGAAGGAUCUGUCGGCGAUAUGCAGCGAUCUGAAUAGGAUAUUCAUCAUAGACAAUUCACCCGGUGCGUACCGUUGUUUCCCGAACAACGCCAUACCGAUCAAAUCCUGGUUUUCCGAUCCCAUGGACAUCUGUCUAUUGUCGCUGUUACCGCUGCUGGAUGCGCUACGGUUUACGAACGACGUGCGGUCCGUGCUGUCCCGUAACCUACAUCUACACCGCUUAUGGUAGCAGAAUUUAAGCAACAUUUUACGGUGCGCUGUGAGCCAACUAAAAUCAUACAACUACAUCUUUAUUUUAUUCUAAAUUUAUGAUUAAAUAUUAGUGAUGAGAGGGGUUGUGAGAAGACUUUCUUUCGGUAUGAAACAAAAAGACGCAUUGAAAAUGGCAAUGUUGGGUGUUGCUGGAAGCCAGUGGGAAGCUACUAGGGAGAGAGGGAGAGAAUUAUAGAGAUGUGCAUCGUACUUGCUGCGUGCGUGCGAAGACAUUUGAGACACGAAAAUCCUCAUCCAUACCACACACGCACACACAUGCUGAUAAUCUUGCCGGAAUUUAGAAGGAAGAAAUAAAAUGGAAACUGCGAUCGAGGCUUUGAGUCGCCCAAUUGAACUAAUUCGCUACAAAAAGACACAACGGAAACACAUUGACGAGAAAUCGGUCACGAUUAUCGAUGAAUGGAAAAGAAACUGAAGACGAAACGAGCAGCGGAAAAAGUAGGGCAACAACUAGCAAUCCAUAUUAAGCUGAAAGUGCAGAAAAUAAGAGAAUAUGUAGGCAUCAAUUAGUUUGUUCAACCCUCAGUGGGAGCAAUUAGAUUGAAAGGAUCGCGUAUGGCACACCGAUCGACGCCUCAACCGAAGAUCACCGCAAUCAUUGCUGCCCGGCGUCUGUCGACUGAUCAAAAGGGUGUGCGAUUCGCUGUGGGUAUCACGUAACCAAGUAAUUGGUUGCUGAAGUGAGUUAGGCGCGCACCAUCGAUCGUGCAGUGUACAGAGAAUUAGAGGCGCGGUUUUGUGUCGUUUGCUAGAAGAAAGUAUUUUUUUCACGUUUCCGUUUACACUUUCCAGCUAAGAGGCUUUAUGUUUUCAGGCGUAUAGUAAUAGGUUGGUUUUUUUCCAUCAUUGUUAAAUAAGUUUUAUAAAACUUAAAAAAGUUGCAUAACGAUCACAAAGUUUGGAUACACUAUCGGUGUGUGUGGGCGUGUGUUUGUGCUUCCUUCCUACAGAAAAAUGUCCACGAACGAAGAUUGGUUUUACAUAAAUGAUUCGCAUCCAUAGCAGGUGCAGCAGUACACAGUUCCUCUAGCUAAAACGAUGAAAACUAGAGAGGAUCGCACGGCAGUGUGUAGCAUCCCCAAACCGGUAAUGUUGAUUCCAACUGCUGUACAAUGAAUUGCAAUUUUUUCACAUGUAUCCGCUGGACAUCCUCAUUACCUUGCUAAACGAUGAAUGCGACACACGUGAUGAAGCACGUAGAAAAGCGGUAUGCAGUAGGGUCUAUGCUUGCCCGGACCUCCGGACUAGUGAAAAGACGCGGUGCACUAGAUGAAGACCCAGAUUGUUGGUUUUUUGCUCAAAAAAUCCUUCCUCGGAUCAGCCAAUUGGAUUCGACUCUAGAUAAGCUCGUAUCCGAAUAUGGACAGCAAUGCUAAGGAUAGGGAGAGGGGGAAAUAUGUGUCCACUUUACAUGUACCUUACCGGUACGAAGACCCACGUCCGACCACGAACAUCAAGCUCGGUAGAUCGGUUCUCGGUAUGCGAAUGAAUGUUUUUAUUUUGUCAACAUACUGUGAGAACGCGUUCACUGAUUGUGACGGCUACACCGUCAUCCUCGCAAAAUCGUUAUUUAUUAUACUUCGAGUUGUAGCGUCAAUUCGCCUUUUUUGUUGUGCAACAAUCGAAAGCAAUCAUCUUGUUCAUUUUCCGUGGAUGUCUGUUAGGGCAAUACAUCAUGCUAUUGGCAAACGUAUGCUACAUUAAGAGGCCAUCAUUUUAAGACAUUCACACUCAUGCUUCGUAGUGAUGUUAGCGAAAUUGUGCGAGAUAAUUUUCUUCGUUUCUGGUCAUGUUUUGCCAUCAUCCACGCCACAUUCACAUCGCAGGUAUUUUUGUUAUGCAAAUAGGUUUUAUUUGUGCAAAUGCAGCAAAGUAUGUACCUCCACCGAUUGGGGGCUUGAGUCCAUGGGGGUCUGAAGGACAACCCAAAUCGCUUUCUACACGAUCCCUGCAAAAAGGGUAACCAGUUCUCCGGGAGCAACCAGAGGCAUAUGAAAGCCUGAGAAAAGGCAAAAGAGUAAACGAACAUUACGCAUAAGUGAACACGGUACAAAUGAUGUAAGCGGCAGACAAGAAGACGAAGAAACACAAUAUUGUGACGCAAAGUGACGUUGCAAAAUCAUCUACGAUAAGUAACUUGAAAGCAUACAAAGAACACUUGUGGUGCAGCCCAAAGAGAAAGAGAGAGAGAGAAAGAGAGAGACAGCAAAGAGAUGAGCAAAUGAUCGUGGAACAGGUGGUGUUGUUUUGAUGAUUACUGAGAAAACGAAUGCAAACAUUUCAUACAUAAAUACAAUCACGAACACGCAUUCACUGUCGAAAUCUAACCAUUGGACAUUUGGAGAUUAUUACUUUGUGUAAAGCAAAAGCACCACCCAUCGCGUGUUGGUCAGGUUCAUUCAACCAAUUCGGUCGCUUGGUGUUUCAAAUUGGACACAAAUAACGAACACAUGCAAUGCAUUUCCACCUUCACGAGAUGUGCGAAUAAAACAUCGAUUUAUAUUACAAUAAACGGGAAAAACCAUUAACCAUAGAAACCAUCGAACAUAGAACAAUGAGCAGUCAUCCCAGGUCCAACCAAAAGGUAAUCAACUCAGCAUCCAUUGAAACAGCGUAUUGGAAAGUUGUGAAAUAGUAGGCGACGAUGGGACAAAGUGAGAUCGAAACGAAACAAAUCCGCACGAGUGAGUUCUUACAAAAAGCGAGGUUAACGACGACACCGGCGAACACGAAUCACGAUGGGGCUCUAUUAGUAGUAAGUUAAACUUUGUAAUACGUACAAUAAUAGUGUACCAAGGAAUGCCGAAGCAGCGCCAGUAAGAAACAUCGCGCCAAUAACGAACGGGAUAAUUUUGUAAAUAUAUUGUUUGCUAGCAUGAUGAUGGGUCCCAGCUCAUCAUGAGCGACAAAUACGUGUGAAAGGAGGUGUGUAACCGAAACGAAUUGGAUUGAUUGUGGCACGUGAUGGUGCUAACAAAAGCAAAUGUAAACGAAACAGAAACACCUGGGGCAUGUCUACCAGAGAAAUAAAACAGAAAA